GUCGAGAUUGAGGCGUCAUUUUGAUCAAUAUUGUUUUUUUUAGUCGUAAAUUAGCUUAUUUUCUUUGACACAAACAGGCCGCUGUCGUCACCGUCGGCUCUCACGCUCUAUUUAUCUCUGUCUGUUUGCAGGGGACAUCACUCAGAAGGGUUAUGAGAAGAAGAGGUCCAAGCUGAUCAGGGCAUUUGUUCCUCAUGCUGGAGGUAUGGAAGGACCCAUGUCUCACCGGGCGGCACUCGGGCCUCCCUCCGCCGCCCGUUUCCACCGACGGAGAACCUCCGGCACCAGAGACGAGCGCUAUAGAUCAGACGUCCACACUGAGGCCGUGCAGGCCGUGUUAGCCCGACACGUGGAGAGGAAGGUGGCCGUGCCCAUGCCUUCCAAAAGACGCUCGCUGGUGGUGCAGACGUCUAUGGACGCGUACACACCUCCAGGCCUGUCCCCCCUGUGCUCAGACUCGUCGUCGGGCUCGGACGAGGAGGCGGGGCCAGGCGACGACAUGUCUGGCAUGGAGCACUGGAUGAGCCGCCCCACCCAGCUGGGCCCCGCCCACCUGGGCUCCACCUCCUCCUCGUCCUCGUCGACUCAGAGCGGAGGCAGUGGCAACGCUGGGCGACUUGCUGACUCUCUGGCACACACGCACCUGUCGCACCUGGCACACGCUCACCUGUCGCACACGCACCUGGGCCAGUCUCACCACCAGCAGAGCCACCUGUCGCAGUCGCACCAUGGUAUCGGUCACCUGUCCCUGAAGAGGAAGGGUGCGCUGAGCGUCGCCGAGAACGGAGGAUCUCUGCGACGAUCCUGCGAGUUUGGCUCUGACAUGUUGUGGCCGCCACCGCUAGAGUCUGACGAGAAUCACUCGACUCCCCCGGAUGUGACCGGAUACUCGUCGGACUCACCUCACUCCCACACAGAGCGCCACCACAUGGCCAACAUGGGAACCAUCGCCAGGAACACGCAGAAGUACGGCAACGCCGAGCGCAUGGAGACAGGCGACGGCGUCCCCGUCAGCAGUCGUGUGUCGGCAAAGAUCCAGCAGCUGGUGAACACACUGAAGCAGCCUCGCAGACCUCCUCUACGAGAGUUCUUUGUGGACGACUUUGAUGAGCUUCUGGAGGUCCAGCAACCUGACCCCAACCAGCCUCGGCCAGAGGGGGCGGAGAUGAUGCCGGUGCGAGGCGAGGCGCUGGGCGUGGUCACGAACUGGCCACCCUCCCUGGAGGCUGCGCUCCAACGCUGGGGCACCAUCUCCCCGAAAGCCCCGUGCCUCACCAGCCUGGACACGGCGGGGAAGCCGCUCUACGUCCUCACAUAUGGGAAGCUGUGGUCUCGCAGCAUCAAGCUCGCCUACAACAUCCUCCACAAACUGGGCAGCAAGCAGGAGCCCAUGGUGCGACCGGGGGAUCGGGUGGCUUUGGUAUUCCCUAACAACGACCCUGUCGCCUUCAUGGUGGCCUUCUACGGCUGCCUGCUGGCCGAGGUGGUUCCUGUCCCGAUAGAGGUUCCCCUGAGCCGUAAGGUACGUCUGUCACUGCAGCUCAGGCCAUUUCAUUUCAUUUCAUCCUCUCUGCUCCAGACUCCUGCUGAGUUUCAUCUCUGUUCUUGUUUCCUUCCGUGUGUCGACGUAUCAGUGACACCACAGACGGCUGAAAAUGUCAAGCGCGUCUUUUGUCUCUCAGCUGUUUGCAGAAAGCGAAUAAUAAUUCAAAGAUAAUCCAGAGAUUCACGAGAGAGAU